AAAAGGAAAACUGGAACGUGAACGAUUUCGGCCAGUUUUUCAAAUAGUGAAACCGGUACCGGUUCACUGGUUUUUUAUUUUCAUCCGUGAAACAAGACUCGUAAGCACAAAUUGCCACUUAUGGCUUCCAUAUCCGUUGUUGUAUGCCUUCUGCUCAUUUCCUUUGCCGUUGGAAGAGAUCAACAAAAUCAAAGUGGACAUAUAGCCCCCGGAUCUUUACUCUCCCCCAGAUCAGACUCAAGUUCAUGGCUUUCUCCGACAGGCCGAUUUGCAUUUGGGUUCUACCAAAAAGGUAGAUCAGAUCAUGACUUUGCUGUUGGAAUUUGGUUGGUCGGUACUGAAGAGAACAUAACGGUGUGGACGUCAUUUCGUGAUGAUCCGCCGCUCACUUCGAAUGCCUUGCUGAAUUUUAACAAGGAUGGCAAGCUUGUUUUGAUGCUUGAAGGAGUACAACAUAAAUUCAUCACUGAAGCAACAGAUCAGUCCGCUUCCUAUGCCUCCAUGCUCGACUCCGGCAAUUUCGUGCUCUAUGACGACAAGUCCAAUAUCAUUUGGCAGAGUUUCCGUUAUCCUACCGAUACCAUUUUAGGAGGCCAGAGUCUGUUUAGGGGAAAUCAACUAGCCUCGAGUUUAAACAAGACUGACCACUCAACCGGGCGGUUCCUUCUCAUGAUGCAGUAUGAUGGAAACCUUGUUUUAUAUCCGGCAAACACUGAAGACUCCGCAGGAGAUGCUUAUUGGAGCUCAGACACUUACAGUUCUUUCAGUCCCAAUUGGUCUCUUUAUCUCAAUUAUACAGGCCUUCUGUUAAUCAUCAACGGCACCUCUACGUCAGGCAGAGGUAGUUUAAUCCGACGUAUUUAUUCCCCAUCUCCGAGCGGCAACGUCAUCAACAACAGCAAUACCAUCUAUCGCGCAACUCUUGACUAUGAUGGGAUUCUCCGGUUGUAUUCUCACGCCUAUGAUGAAAGUGGCAACCUCAGCGUACAAAAUAAAUUAUGGGAAUCAGCCCUUCCAUGCCAGGUGAACAAUUUUUGUGGCUUAAACAGCUAUUGCAUACUCGAUGACAAUCAACCAAUCUGUGUCUGCCUUCCUGGAACCGAUUUUUUAGAUCCGAAUAAAAGGAAUCUUGGCUGUGAGAGAAACUUCUCUGAAGCAGAGUCAUGUAUAAAUGGGAAAGAACGCACAGAGUUUUAUAGUAUGAAAACCAUUGAGAAUAUGAGGUGGGGAGAUCGUUCUUAUGUUCAUGAACCACCAAUGUCAAAGGAAGAAUGCAGGAAAUCUUGCUUGGAAGACUGCAAUUGUGGGGCCGCACUGAUCGCACUGAUCUCCGAGACUAGUGGUUCUUGUAUGAAACAAAAUCUUCCACUGAGAUAUGUAAGAAAAUAUACAGAAAAGGAAUUCGGGGGGCUCACGGCAUUCUUUAAGGUAGGGAUGAAAAGCAUUAAGAGCGGCAAGCAAUCUGGUCUUCAUCCAAACAAGCCGAGGAUAGUCGUGCCCAAAAGCGCAAUAGUGCAGAUUAUUCUUGUGACUUCCGCUUUUACUGUAUUUUCAACUGUUUCCCUUGCACUCUCUUGCCUUUUCAUUUUCAAAAUUCGAAUUUUAAAGUACGGAAGGCUGUUAGAGAAUGGAGACUUGGGCCCGGAGGAGAUCAUCACCUUGAGAUUAUUUUCAUAUAAUGAGCUCAAAAGAGUAACACAUGGGUUCAAAGAAGAGAUAGGUAAGGGUUCAUUUGGAUCCGUUUACAAAGGCUCCCUACAGAAAGGUAAAAGACUUGUUGCAGUAAAGAGGCUGGAGAAGUUAAUCGAAGAAGGUGAAAGGGAGUUCCGAGCAGAGAUGCGAGCAAUAGGGAGAACCCGCCAUAAGAACUUGGUUCGCUUGCUGGGUUAUUGUGCUGAGGGUUCUAAAAGGCUCCUGGUUUACGAGUUCAUGAGCAAUGGCUCCCUUGCAGAUCUUCUUUUUAGAUCCCAAAGGCGUCCAGCUUGGACUGAGAGAGUAAGAAUUGCACUGGAUGUUGCUAGAGGGAUCUUCUAUCUACAUGACGAGUGCGGUGGUCCAAUUAUUCAUUGUGAUAUAAAGCCUCAAAACAUCUUAAUGGAUGAGGUUUGGACCGCCAAAAUCUCUGACUUCGGGCUGGCAAAAUUCUUAAUUCCAGAUCAAACGAGGACAUUCACUGGGGCGAGAGGGACAAGAGGAUAUAUAGCGCCAGAAUGGCACAAGAACAUCCCAAUAUCAGUGAGGGUAGAUGUAUACAGUUAUGGGGUAGUUCUCUUGGAAAUCAUAUGUUGCAGAAGGAGCAUAGAACUUGACGUGUCAAACGACGAUGAGAUUCUUCUUUCUACUUGGAUCUAUAAAUGCUUUGUUGCUGGAGAGUUGGAGAAGAUUGUGAAGUGGGAAGAAGUAGAUAAGACCGCCUUGGAGAAUAUGGUUAAGGUGGGCCUUUGGUGUAUUCAAGAUGAACCAGCUCUUCGUCCUUCCAUGAAAAGUGUCGUCUCGAUGUUAGAAGGGAACAUCACUGAUAUAUCUGUUCCUCCAUGUCCAACCGCUGCAUGACAUCCAUGUAAACUUUCGACUAAAACACAAAAGAAUUAUCUGCUUUCUGGUAGUUUUCAUUAAUUUGUGUUAUGUAUUUUCCUCUUUGCAUCAUGGAAGGGAAUAUAUAUCUUCUAUAUAAUAUUCCUCCAUGGUCAGCUGCUACUAAAUCCAUAUAAACUUCUGCCUGCAGCAGCAAAAGUCAUUUCUACUUUCGUGUAGUUAUUAAAACUUGUUAUUUUGUUUCUUGUAAUCUUAUCAGUCGGAACAAUUCUACUCAUUAUACUC